AUGAUACUUAGUCUUUCAACAUCACAUACUGUUCUUGAGAUGAGUGAAUCUUCACAACCAGCAGUUAUUAUCACAACAGUCAUGCAAGAACAACAACGACCUUUAAGACGCAAAAUUAAUACACAAUCAACUCCAAAUUUUUCAGCUUUCUUUCGAACAUCAUCAGGACAUAGUGGUAGAUUUUUCAACAAUUUACUUCAACGAACAAUGGCACAUCGUCAAAGAGCCGAUAUACAAUUACGAAGCUUACUCAAUGAACCUGAAGAAUCAUUACCAACAUUCAUACGUCGUGCUAGUGAUCAGUUAAGUAAUGAAAAACUAUCUAUUGAAAAAGUAUCAAAAUUACUUAAUACUCAACCAUUUAUUAUUGAACGUCUUGUACGUAUACUUUAUUUAUCAACAGAUAAUAAUAAAGAUAUACAAACAUUAAGUAAAUCUGAAGUACAAAAGUUAACACGCAUAUUAAAUAGUACAAUUGAUGUACGUGCACUUGUAUUUUUUCUAAUACUUGAUGAAGCUGGUGAUGAUUAUGUCACAAGUAAUGGAUUAACACAAUUUUAUGAGAAAUAUUUAAAAUAUCUAAAAACAUUUGAUGAAAAUCGAUUACAAGAAGUAAUUCAAGUACUUCUUCAAAAAUUUCAUCUUGAUCAAAAAUCUCAAAUUGAUUUUGAAGAAUUUUAUUCAAUUGUAUCAAAAGAUUCUACAUUACUUGAAUCUUUAUCACAAUUUACGGUUCAUCCAACAUGGUUUAUAAAAUCGCCAUCUACUCCAUCAGGAAAAGAAAAUAAAUUACGACAGUUUUUUUCAAACUAUUAUUGGCAACAAAAAAUUUAUGAACAGCGAACAAAUAAAUUAACAAUUGAUUAUAUUAAAGAUAAUCUUUCACGUAUAAUUCUUUUACUUCUUUAUUUAUUAACUAAUCUUGCUUUACUUAUUUAUGUUAUUAUUUAUCGAACAAUUAUAAUAAAAUCUAAUGUUCUUGUUAUAUUUGCCCGUAUUGGUGGGAUGUUAUUAAAUUUUAAUUGUGCACUUGUUAUUAUACUUAUGCUUAAACAUACGAUAUUAUUUAUUCGAACACAUAAAUUCUUACGAAAAUUAAUACCUGUUGAUGAUCAUAUUGAUUUUCACAAAGUUAUUGGACGUAUUAUUGCCGGUUUAUCUAUUUUACAUACUAUUGCACAUAUUGCAAAUUUUGCAAGACUUGACGAUUAUUCAUGGGUGACAUAUAUGUUCACUACGAAACCUAAUAUUGGUUGGAUUCAUGGUUUUACACCAUUAAGUGGUGUUAUUUUAUGUGUGAUUCUUACUAUAAUUGUUGUUUGUUCAAUGCAAUGGAUUCGACGUGGUGGUCAUUUUCAAAUUUUCUAUUGGACACAUUUACUUUAUUUACCAUUUUUUGUUUUUCUUAUUAUUCAUGCUGAAAAUUUUUGGAAAUGGAUUGUUGGUCCAUUAUCAUUAUUAUUACUUGAAAAACUUUAUUCUAUUCUAAAAAGAUAUUCAUCAAGAAGUGGACGAACUUAUUUGCAUUCGGUUACAAUUGAACAAUCAAAUGUGAUUAGUUUAAAUAUUUAUCGACCAAAAAAUUUUAAUUUCAAACCUGGCGAUUAUAUCAGCAUUAAUUUACCAUGUGUUGCUCUUUAUGAAUUUCAUCCGUUUACAAUUAGUACUGCUCCAGAAGAAACAGAUUAUCUUCGUGUACAUAUUCAAGCAGUUGGUAAUUGGACUAAACAAGUUUAUCAACGUUUUAAAGAAAUGUCAAAAGAUGAUGCUGAAGAAAAUCAAAUAAAAAUCUAUCGUGCUGAUAUUCAUCCAGAAGAAUCAAUUGUUGAUCUUCAAAAUAUCGAACAAAAUCAUAUUCAGGAUGCUGAUGACGAUGAUGAUGAAAAUGAAAGUGCUAUAACAAAAUCUCAUGUCAAAUUAAGAAAACGGGAACCUGUUUUUAUUAAAGGACCUUAUUCAUCAUGUGCACGUUAUGUAUUUGAUUGUAAACAUGUUGUAUUAAUUGGUGGUGGUAUUGGUAUAACACCAUAUGCAUCAAUCUUAUCAAGUCUUAUGGCACAAUUUCGUGCAUCAUAUGUUGUUUGUAAACAUUGUAAUGGUAUUAAUUAUAGUUCUAAAGGUCUUGUAGGAAAUCGUCGUUUAAAAAAAGUUGAUUUUAUUUGGGUUAAUCGUGAUUAUAAAAAUUUCGAAUGGUUUCUUAAUCUUCUUCGUCAAUUUGAACAAGAACAAGAAUAUUAUUUAGCAUCAAAUUCCAAUGAAAAACGUUUUCUUGAUAUACAUUUAUAUUUUACAGAAAUCAAACAUGAUGAAAAUAUUGGUCAUGUACCAUUAGAUCUUGUUACAAAAAUUUGGGCACAAAUAGCUGGACAAGAUAUAUUUACAAGUUUAAAAUCUAAAACACAUAUUGGUCGACCUCAAUGGCAAGAUAUAUUUAAUGAAUUAAUAUCAGGUGAAAAUGCUUCAACAGCUAAUGAUGUUAGCAUUUUCUUUUGUGGACCAUCAACAAUGGGAAAAACAAUUAAAAAUCAUUGUACAAAAUUUCGAUUUCGAUUUUAUGAAGAGAAAUUUUGA